AUGGUGCUGGUGCUGUGCAUUGGCCACCUGCACCUGCCGCACCGCGCCGCCGACCUGCCGCCCAAGUUCAAGAGCCUGCUGGGGCCCGGCAAGGUAUCCCACAUCCUCUGCCCCGGCAACCUGUGCACCGAGAUGGUCAGCAUCGGCGACUUCCGCAUCGGCGUGUGCCACGGCCACCAGGUGGUGCCCUGGGGCGACCGCGAGGCGUUGGCCGUGCUGCAGCGCAAGCUGGACUGCGACAUCCUGGUCACGGGGCACACACACCGGUUUGAGGCGUAUCGGCACGAGGGGCGGCUGGUGAUCAGCACGGGGUCAGCCACCGGCGCCUACAGCGCCGUCACGCCGCACCCCACGCCCAGCUUCGCCCUCAUGGACGUGGAUGGCGGCAAGGCCACUGUGUAUGUGUAUGAGCUGGUGGAGGGGCAGGUGAAGGUGGACAAGCUGGAGUUUGCCAAGCCGCAGGAGCAGGGCGUGGGGGUGGGGACGCGCCAGCUGUGA